GAGCAUCAGUAAAGUGUGAAAACUUCUAAGUAAUUCAGUAUUUGAACUUACAUUUCAUUAAAAAAAAUCAAGCUUUUAGCCAUGAAGGCCAUUAUCCUGCUUCUUGUGUUUAUUCGUCUUUGUUUGGCAAAGCAACUUGCCGAACCCAGCGACCUGAACAAAGUCGACCCUAUGCUCGAGGAUCUACUACGAAACGAAAAUCUAAUUAACCAAAGGAUCUCUGCUGGAGUUGCAAGUGGCGAUCUUCGCGAAAAUGAUUACAUGCCAGACGCCUUGAAGGACUUAAUCAUGCAAAAAAUGGCAAAAAUGCCUGGAGACAUGGGAUGGAAUCGAGUUUUCGGCGGCCAAGUAGCUCCCCGCGGAGCUUAUCCACACCAGGUUGGAAUGUCGCUGAUGACCGCAAACGGUGGAAGCAGCUGGUGCGGUGGAUCAGUUUUGUCGGAAACAUAUGUUCUCACAGCCGCACAUUGUCUUGAUAAUGUUUACAUGGCCUCCAUGAUAUUUGGAGCUCACGACAGAAUGAACAGCGCCGAACCAGGACGUGUGACCCAGACUGUCACCAGGGCUAACUUCAUUGUUCACCGUGGGUGGAAUCCACAAAAUAUGUUGAACGAUAUUGCGUUGAUUCGUCUAAACCAAAGGUUGCAAUUUACAAAUCUAAUUAAACCCAUCAGUAUUCUCUCAAGUCCAUAUGAAUCAUACGAGGGCCAAACUGCCAUAGUUUCAGGAUGGGGACAUUAUGAUGCAACUAGUCAGCUGGCACGUCACCUCCGUCAUGCCCAGUCGGUAGUAGCUAACAAUGCAUUGUGUCAACAAUACUUUGGACACUUUAUUACGAACAACAACGUCUGCUUGGAUGGCAGCAGAGGUCAAGGUGCUUGCAAUGGUGACUCCGGUGGUCCACUGAUAAACACAAAGGGUCAAUUGAUUGGAUUGGUUUCAUUUGGAUCUGGACAAGGAUGUGACAGACGUUGGCCAACUGUUUACACUAAAAUUGCAUCCUACAAAACAUGGAUUACACAAAAUAGCGGAAUUCGCUUUGUCUGAUUCUGGGAUCGUUUCUGAUAAUUUUCAAGUGAUAAUGAGUUUUCUAUGAUAAAAAUGUUUAAUUUAGGAUUUUUUAUACUGUCGCCUGUCGGGCUUAUUUAAAUAAAUUUUCAUAUUCGCAAAA